UGACGUCAUUUCCGCGGGCCGCCGAAACGUCAGUGUUUAGCGCGGGACUCGGUGGUGCAGUUUGGUCCUAAAGUUUGGUCUCCGAUGUCCUAGGCGAGCUAUGGAAAGUGACUUUUAUCUGCGUUAUUACGUGGGUCACAAAGGCAAGUUCGGUCACGAAUUCCUGGAGUUCGAGUUCCGGCCCGAUGGGAAAUUGAGAUACGCCAACAACAGCAAUUACAAAAACGAUGUUAUGAUCAGAAAAGAGGCCUAUGUACAUAAAAGUGUGAUGGAGGAACUGAAGAGAAUAAUUGAUGACAGUGAAAUUACCAAAGAGGAUGAUGCUCUGUGGCCUCCUCCUGACAGAGUAGGCCGGCAGGAGCUUGAAAUUGUCAUUGGAGAUGAACACAUUUCUUUCACAACAUCAAAAAUUGGUUCUCUUAUUGAUGUCAAUCAGUCCAAGGACCCAGAAGGCUUAAGAGUAUUUUAUUAUCUUGUCCAAGACUUGAAGUGCUUGGUCUUCAGUCUUAUUGGAUUACACUUCAAGAUCAAACCAAUUUAGGUUGAAUAUUCAUGUGGACACGAGGGGGGUAGGAAUAGUUGUUUUAAUUACCAUUAUCAGGAAAUUUUUAUGUAUAUCAAGGCAAUAUUUUUUAUAAACUUUGUCUUUAAUAAAUGUAAUAAGGACCAGGGAUAUAGCUCAGCAGCACAGUGCCGGCCUGGCAAGUGGAAGGGCCUGAGUUUGAGUCCCAGGACCUUCUGUAGAGAAAAAAAGUAAUAAAAUCCUGUUUUUGUUAUUUUAUAAAAGA